AUGAUAUAUAAGCGUGAUAUAGAUGAUGUUAUCAUUAAAAAAUAUAAAAUGCAAGAGCUAAAUGAUGAUGACUCUCUAGAACUCUUCUGCUGGCAUGCCUUUAAUAUGAGUGGACCUGCAGAAAACUAUGCAGGUGUUUCUAGUCGUGCAGUAAGUUAUGCAAAGGGUGUUCCAUUGGUUUUAAAAGUAAUAGGCUCCAAUUUGAAGGGUGGGAGCCUAGAGGAUUGGGAAAUGGAGCUGGACAAAUAUAAGAAGAUUUCAAAUGCUGAGUUUCAAGGUGUGCUUGAAAUAAGCUACAAUAGCUUGUCAGAGUUGAACCAGAAAACUUUCUUGGACAUUGCUAGUUUUUUCAAAGGGGAGAGAUGGGAAUAUGUUAAAAGGUUACUAAAGGUUUGUGAUUUCUUUCCAAUUAUUCGAGUAUUUGCAAGUAAAAGUCUCAUAACUAUUGAUGAAAAUGGUUGCUUGGAGAUGCAUGAUUUAAUACAAGAAAUGGGUAGAGAGAUUGUUAGAAAGGAGUCACCAUCAAAUCAUGGUGACCGUAGUAGAAUAUGGUAUCAUAAAGAGGUUCUUCAAGUGCUUAAAGAAAAUUCGAUUGCUGCCAACCUUAAUACAAGAAUACCAGGAUCACUACCAAGGGACACUGAUGUUCCCUCAACAGCAUCAACAACCUCACCAAAAGAAGUACUUACUUUGCCCAGUUCCCCUUUAGAGAAAAUCAAAGAUGUCACCUUGCGAAGUGGAAAAACCACUACACAACCCACCACUCUGCAUGAGGAAGAGAAACAGAAUAAAGCAUCUGAAGCAACCUCAGAAGAAGAACAACAACAACCAGCCACAGAUGAGCAGAACCUAUAG